AUGGAGUGCACAGUGGAUGGGUUGAAAAAGGUCAGAGACAACCUAGAUGAGGAAAUUGUGCUAAGGAUUACAAAAUUGGAUUCCAAACCUGGUUCUGUUGCGGGAAAGAUUUGUGUAACUGAUGGAAAUGAAGUUAUGGAAGCAUAUGCAUCCUUUCGUAUGGCAAAUGCCAUUAGUUCUUGGGCUAUCCGAGAAAAAAGCCUCAUAAAACUUAUUGAUUAUGCAUUUUGUGAGAUUGACAACAAACAAGUGACUCACAAGGAAAGGCUUAUAGAAUAUAGUCCUGGCAAAUUUGUUUUCUCGUUUGAUGUUGUCGACAUCGAGUCUUCAGAAAUUCGUGUUGUGAGUUUUGGUGUGGUUGCAAAAUCGUUACAUUCAGAUAUUAUUCAGGAUAAGGUCUACAUAUUUUCUGGUAGUGGUGGCAUACAGCCUUCAAAAAGUCAGUAUACUCCUUUUAAGUCAAAAUGGGAGAUUUUGGCAAGUAAGAACAUGGUGUACAACAUUCAACCUGAUGAUGUAGGAUUUCCAAAGAUUGUUUUGGAUAGGAAAACUAUAUUGGAAGUAUCAGAGAUGGAACCAGACACUUUUGUGGAUGUGGUUGGUGUUGUUACAUUGGUUGGACUGACAAAUGUUACAUGCAAGGAUUCUGGGACUCUCAUUAAGAGGAGGACGUUAUGUCUUGGUGAUGAAUCAGGAAGGAGUAUUGAUGUUUGUCUUUGGGACUCCAAAGCUGAAGAGGAAGGGUCAAAAAUAUAUGAAAAGUUUGAAAGAGGAGAGAAGCAGUUCUUGUGUGUAAAAGGUGGUAAGAUAUCUGAAUACAAUGGGAGGUCAAUAUCUGUUAUAGGAGCUUCAACAGUUUUACUUGAUGUUGAUCUAGAGAUUGUAGCUAGUGUACGUGCAUGGUAUUCAGUAACAUUAGAUUCCACCAGUUUCAUCCAUGUUACUGGGUCAUCAGGCUCUAAUUUAGCUGUUCGUACAACAACAAUAUCUGAAAUGAUGGGACUUAAUCUCAAGGUUAUGGAGAGUUCAGACACUUACAGAAUUACUGCUAACAUCAGAGACAUUCGCAUUGAUAAUUUUUCUUAUCCAGCUUGUACAAGAGUUGUUAAUGGCAGGCAAUGUGGCAAAAAAGUCUCAAGUGCAGGUGAAGAUGUUUGGUUUUGCAUUUCAUGUGAUUCAGAGAUUCAGGAGGUUGACCAUAAGUAUGCAUUGCAUGUGUGUAUCGAGGAUAGCUCUCAGUACGUUUGGGCAAUUGCAUUUCAAGAGGCUGCUCGAGAAUUAGUUGGUUUACCAGCACAGGACUUUGCAUCUAUGCGUGAUGAGAAUUAUGACGUUUUUUCAGCACAUUUGGAUGCUGUGCGUUCAAAAGUUUAUACUCUAAAGGUUCGUUGUAAACUUGAGAGCUACCAGGACUCCGAGAAGAUGAAAUUUUAUAUUGUUGGCUUGGAUGUGUGA